AUGGGCGACUCCUCCACAGCACCACCAGCCACAGCGGCGCUCCAGGGCCGGCGCAUACAGGUGCGGCAGGGGACGCCCGCCGACGUGGGCGCCAUCGUCGACAUACACUACGCCGCGUUCAAGGCCGGGCCCAUGUCCAGGCUCCUGAGCCCGGGCGGAGUGACCGAGGACGCCAAGGCAAAGUUCGGCAAGAGGAUUUUCCCCCCGCAGGAGGAAGGGAAGAAAGAGGGCGGCGACGAGGGCGAGCCUCUUGUGUUCGUCGCCGAGCUGGUCGGGGACGACGGCGCACAACCGGAGCUGGUGGCGUUUUCCAAAUGGACCCUGUUCCGCAGGGAGCGGUCGCGUGAAGAGUGGGACGUUGAGACGCCGCCCAUGACGGUGGAGAUGCUCGGAGAGGGGUCAGAUCCGGAGGUUUUCAACGCCUUUAUUGGAGCCAUGAACGAGUACAAAAAGAAGGCCAUCCAGGGACAGAGACAUUUACACCUCGGCAUCCUCGCCUGCAGUCCAAAAUACCAUCGGAUCGGUGCAGGGGGCGCUCUGCUUAGGCGCGGGCUCGAACUGGCCGACGCCGAGGGACUCCCGACCUUCUUGGAGUCGUCUCCCGAAGGUUACAAGUUGUACAAGCGGCAUGGGUUCGAGGACUUGUGGGCAUUCGAUCUAGAACUCACCCAGAGGUGGGGGGUAACCCCGCAGCCUGGGGUAAACUGGGGACACGGAAACGCCGUCGAGCAUUGUGGUCCUUGCCCCGAGGGCGCCUACCGGACUGUAGGAAUGAAGAGGCCACCCAAGAGCUCUUAA